GGAGGACUGACAACACCCGGCACCGCCACGUCUCAGUGCGCCCUGUUUCUCGGGUCUCCUUCGCCUCGCCGCCGAGCCGCCCGAGCCUCAUGGCGUUGUGCGCCUGUUCUCGCGAAGCUCCGAAUGCUUUCGAAGACUGGCGAGCUCAAUGGCAUCAGAAGCUACAAGCACGCCUCAAUGAGGACAUGCAGAUGUUCUCACAGAUUUUGGACUCCCUGGCGGCCGGCCAGACCGGCCACCCGAACGACGCGGGAGCCGCCGUGGCGACGGCUCGGCGACAGCGAUCACCGGUGCUCCUGGAGCGUUCCAAAGAGGCGGAGGUGGUGCAGAUCACGGUGGACAAGGACUCUUGCGUGUCCCCUGCAGCCAAGUCCAAGUCGCCCACGCGGCCGGUGCUCUUCAGCACCUUUACAUCCCUCACCGGUGACAGCGAAGCGCGCGAGCUCGCGACCCCCGCCCAGGGCAGCGCGUCGCCGUCGCGCGGCGACAGCGGCGGCGAGGGGAACAACGACGAGGAGUCAAAGCCGAACUCGGAGAAGGCGACGCCGCGGCUGAAGCUGAGUCGGAUCCAAAGCACGAUGUCGGCUCCGGCACGCUUCGUGUAUUUGAGCCCAGAGAGGAAGCGCCACGUGCUACAGCGCAGCGAGUAUUUGGAGAGCAGCAUGACGUCCUCCUACAUGCAGAUCCACGACUUUCAUCCUUUGCCCACCUGGGCGCGUGAGGCCAAAAACGAGCGCGACCCCUCUGCCACCAUCCGCAUCAGCGGCGAGGCGAAGUUACCCAGCAGCUUCUUGGACGUGAAGACGGAUCCGGGAUGCAAGGCCGUUUUCAGGAGCACAUCCACUUUGGCCGAAGUGAGGCAGCCAACUCGCCGUUUGAGGAUGAUUUCUGGAAGAGGCGGCGACUUCGCGGACGACGUGACCGGUGGGGCCAUGGUGAUCCAGGAGUCAUUGGGCUUCCUGAGGCAUUUGAUGAUCUUCCCCAGCAGCCCAAGGAAGAUGACCUGGGACGUCUUUGGUGCUACCUUGAUCGUCUAUGACCUCUUCACGAUCUCCAUGCAAGUCUUUGAUCCACCAGAGACAGACUUUACCAAAAGCAUGCAGUGGCUCAUCCUGAUCUAUUGGACCAUGAACAUGCUGGUCUCCUGCAUGGUGGGCUAUAUCGACAAGGGCAUCUUCGUGAUGGUGCCCAUCAAGGUCUUCCUGCACUACUUGAAGACCUGGUUCAUCAUCGAUUUGGUGGUGGUGGGAUCUGACUGGGCGUUCUCCUUGUCGGAGUCCACCGACAACGCUGGCAGCUCAGUGAAGCUGCUCCGCAGCCUUCGCCUCUUCCGCAUGGUGCGGCUCAUCCGCAUCCUGCGGCUGCGGAAGACCAUGGAGAGCGUCAGCGACCUGGUGGACUCGGAGUAUAUCAGUAUCAUUGUGAGUAUUUUCAAGAUGCUGGCAUUGCUUAUGAUCGUCAACCACGUCAUCGCGUGUUUUUGGUUCUGGAUUGGCGACUCUGCUGGGGGAUGGAUCGAAAUGCACCACUUGCUGGAUGAGCAGUGGGAAUAUCAGUACGCCACGAGUCUUCAUUGGGCCAUCACACAAUUCACGCCCGCCUCCAUGCACAUUCAGCCGCAGAAUCUUCAUGAGCGUUUGUUUGCCUUGGGCGUGGUGGUCUUCGCCUUGGUGGGCUUCUCCUAUGUGGUGGGAAGUAUAUCUGGAUCACUCGCACAGCUGAGAGGCAUGACCGAGAACCGGGCACGACAGUUCUGGGAGUUGCGACGGCAUUUGCGGAAGAACAAGGUCUCCAUCACCCUCAAUGCACGGAUCCAGAAGUACGUGGAGCAUGUGCUGGAGAGCCAAGAGGAGAACGUCCCAGCAGAAGACAUUAAACUCCUCACGCUGCUCUCGGAGCAGCUCCGAAGCGAAUUGGAGUGUGAGAUUUGCAUGCCUCACUUCUCCGUUCACCCCCUCUUCGCACGGCUCUGCGUGGUCUCCCGUCACACGAUCCAUCGCCUGGCCAACAACGCGAUUCAAAAGAAGCAGUUGGCCAGGACGGACAGCCUGUUCCUCCCUGGAGAGACUGCGACGCACAUGUACAUCGUGGUCUAUGGAAGGUUGAUCUACAGCAGAAUUGACUCCAAAGGAAAUGAGCACAAAGAGCUAGUGGACAAAGGGGAGGAUUGGAUCUCGGAGCCUGUGCUUUGGACAGACAGUUGGAUCCACCUGGGCUUGUUGAUCUCCAUGACCGAGAGCGAUCUGAUGGUCCUGGAUCCGCUCCAUUUCGGUCGCAUCGUCAACCUGAACCCCGAUGCCGCCGCUCUAGCGCACACAUAUGUGAUGAACUUUAUCAAGUGGAUCAAUUCAGUGCCGAGAGAUAGCCUGUCGGACAUUUGGCAGGGGGAGAACGUGGGCCCUCGCGUCGCCGGCUUCAUGGAGCUCGACGAGAACCAGUUUCGAAGCGCAAAGAGCCUGGCAGCCAAGCUGAUGAACUGGCAGAAGUGACGUGGUCACGCACGGGUGACGCAGGACGAAGCGGCGUCGGCCAAAAACGAAGGGUUCAUUUGGGUUCUAACGUGAGAUUGUCCUCCAGGAGCUAGGCUUUAGUAGUUGAUUUGGAUU